AUGCGCAGUCGGAUCUUUCGGGACGAAGGCGCCAACAAACAAGUCAAUCGGCAGAGAUUCUUGCUUACUUUGGCGGGCAAAAUUUAUCGUUGGAGUGAUAAACCUUUCGGCUUAAUUCAUCCACUAGUCGAAACCUUCAACCAGAGCCGAGACCGAAGUGGACGACCCCAGAGUCUGCAUAAGAGGUCGUUUCUGUGGCUUCAAGCAGUUCUGUUGAACCUCCUAAUAAUUGGCGAUGUAGGCUGUGGCAAGACAUCGCUGAUCUCUACUUUUAGCCUGGGAUACCUACCAGCUCACCCAGUCCCAAACGUCUUCAACAAGCAUGCGAUAGACUGUUGGGUUGAUGGCCAAUCGGUAAAAUUAGCCCUUCACGAUACGGCCGGACAGGAAUAUUGCGGAAUGAUAGGCCCUCUAACAUACGCACAAACAGAUGUGAUGGUCAUCGCAUUCAGCAUUGAGAGCCCAGAAAGCUUUUUUAAUGCACGGCAGAAAUGGAUCAGGGAAGCCCAAGAGCAUUGUCCUGGGACGCCAAUCACCAUCGUGGGCCUGAAAAAAGAUCUGCGACAAGAAAAAUUCAUGGAGCAUCAAAUGUGCAAGAGAAGGGUGCGCUUCAUAGACGCAGAAGAGGCUGCCGAGAUAGCCAAGCAAUGCGGAGCGGUACAAUAUUACGAAUGCUCUAGCCUAGCUGGUGAAGCGGUGGAUGAAGUUUUGAAGCGGCUACCAGAGCUGCGUUGCUAA